CUGGACCGCCAUCGGAUUGCUUCCUGGAUUUUCCGCGAAAGAUUCCUCUUGAUUUACCUUUUUUCGCAUCUCAGUCGACCCACUAAACCAGCAGUCAAAAUGUCUUAUAUGUUAGCACAUUUACACAACGGAUGGCAAGUGGACCAGGCCAUCCUUUCGGAAGAGGAUCGAGUAGUGGUAAUCCGCUUCGGGCACGAUUGGGACCCAACUUGCAUGAAGAUGGACGAAGUGCUCUACAGCAUAGCGGAAAAGGUGAAAAACUUUGCCGUCAUCUAUCUGGUGGACAUUACGGCCGUUCCUGAUUUCAACAAAAUGUACGAACUGUACGACCCGUGUACGGUGAUGUUCUUUUUCCGCAACAAGCAUAUCAUGAUCGAUUUGGGCACGGGUAACAACAACAAGAUCAACUGGCCACUGGAGGAUAAGCAGGAGAUGAUAGACAUCGUUGAAACGGUCUAUCGGGGUGCGCGCAAGGGUCGCGGUUUGGUGGUGUCUCCCAAGGAUUACUCGACGAAGUAUAGGUACUAGGGCGUGUGAAAUGAGUGUCGCAAAGAAUGUGUGUGUAACAUAAAUUAGGA